AUGUCGGACCCGCAGGCGGCUGAGGGGCCGGGCUCCUGGAGCCUUGCAGCCUGCCCGGGGUCUGCGAGCGGCGUCGGGGACGGCCCGGGAGUGGAGGGCAGCCAGGCGGCCGCCGCAGAGAAUGAAGAUCUAGAAAACACCAAGGUUACCUCUCCAUUGGCUUCUGCCUCUGAUCCAGAGCCCCAUUCCUCACCCCACAGGCCACAGAUGGUACCCACAGUGAGGGAGGAUGCUGCAGAAGAUCGGCGGGCAGCAGCCACUGCCUUGGAGGCUCAGGACUUGGCAGAACAGGAUUUGCUGCCUGCAGACCAGGCCCAGGUCCUCAACGAGGUAGGGAGUUUCUGUUUGCAGAUGGCCAAGUACCAAGUUCCACAAAGGUCGGGGGACAUGGUCAUGAUCCAGUCUGAGCACACAGGAGCUAUAGAUGUUCUUUCAGCUGAUUUGGAAUCUGCAGAUCUCCUGGGGGACCAAAGGAAAGUCUCCCCACCUCUGAUGGCUCCUCCAUGCAUCUGGACCUUUGCCAAGGUGAAGGAAUUCAAAAGCAAGCUGGGCAAAGAGAAGAACAGCCGUCUGGUGGUGAAGCGGGGAGAGGUGGUGACCAUCCGGGUCCCUACCCAUCCAGAGGGGAAGCGUGUCUGCUGGGAGUUUGCAACAGAUGACUAUGACAUUGGCUUUGGAGUUUAUUUUGACUGGACCCCUGUAACCAGCACUGACAUAACUGUGCAAGUCAGCGAUUCCAGUGAGGACGAGGAUGAAGAAGAGGAAGAGGAAGAGGAGAUUGAAGAACCUGUCCCAGUUGGAGAUGUGGAGAGAGGCUCCAGGAGCUCCCUGCGGGGUCGCUAUGGGGAGGUCAUGCCUGUGUACCGGCGGGACAGCCACCGAGAUGUGCAGGCUGGCAGCCAUGACUACCCUGGUGAGGGCAUCUACUUGCUCAAGUUCGACAACUCCUAUUCCCUGCUACGCAACAAGACCCUCUACUUCCACAUCUACUACACUAGCUGA